CGAUUCACAGAAAACGCAAACACCCUUUUUUGACAUCUACUUUUCUUUUGCUUGAACACGGGCUUCUUCUGGGCCGGUGGAUUGUUCUCCUCUGCUCUAUUACAUACUCGUUUCAGGGGGGGGGGUUUUCUUCUUGCCUUUCUAUUCUCCUUCGGCUCGGACUGCUGGCAUCGCCGCUGCAUCAUCAACAUAAUCGGCAACCCUACUUAACGCCUCCUAAAAGUACUCGAGUAUACCUACACCCAUCGCAAACGUGAAAGACAGCGGUAAUAUCGCGAAAUGUCAAAAUCGGCGGAUUUAUCUUGGAUCGAUGAAGCAUUCCCGGUACCCUCUCAGCGCAGUUUAAAUAAAUCGGUGCGAGAUAUUAUAGCGAAAGAGCCAAAGCACUCUACGGUUUUCCAAAACAUCGGGAAAUACAUACUCUCACUAAAAGGCGCGGAAGAGCCACCCUCGAAGAAGCGGAAGAUCGAGGGUGGGAAGAACGGCGUCAAGAAGGAGGUGAAGGGUGGGGACGAUGUGGCUUUGGGGAAAGGGGAUAUUGUGAUUACGGUUAAGGAGAUUAGUUUCUCGGUUCCUGCGCGGAAGAGGUUUACUUUGCUGCUCACGAAUAGCUCCAUGAGCGCUGUUAAUACAGCCACAGGAGCGGUGGAGUUCGGAGUUCCCUGGAACGAGAUUCAAUAUGUUGCAUGUCUCCCUGUUCCAGACAAAGCUGCGCGACAAUGGAACUUCUGCGUUUUUCCUAAGGGAGCGGAAGGGCUUGGAGACGGGUCCGCGGAUGCCUUUGUGUUUACUAUCCCGGACGGCGCGCCCAAGACUGCGACUGGGGAUGGAAUGGGUGCAGGGCACGACACAAGUUCCUAUAGAUCCCUUCUCGUUGCUGUCUUUAAUAGCCUUCUUGAUAGGGGGAUGAUGGUUUUGGAACCGGAUGAGAAGGUAUUUUACAGCGCCGUCCCGCAAAGCCACAGGAAAGGGGAGAAGGCCUUUCAUGUCAAGGCGCAUGUUGGAAGUAAAGAAGGUUAUUUAUUUUUCUUGAAGAAUGGAAUUAUGUGGGCAUUCAAAAAGCCCCUUAUAUAUUUCUCGUUUGCAGCGAUCGAGUCGGUGUCUUAUACCUCAAUUACAAAGCGAACACUUAAUUUGUCUGUCCACGUUGCGGAGGAGCGCGGCGAUGCGGAGUUCGAGUUUAGUAUGAUUGACCAAGAGGAGUACACCGGAAUCGACACAUAUAUCAAGAGGAAUCGAUUGAACGAUGCGUCUAUGGCUGAAGCAAGGCGGGCUAAAAAGCAUAACGUCAAUGGGAAGGAGGAGGAGGACGGAGAAGAUACGGGCAAUCUACAGAAGGCUCUUGAGGAAUUGGAGGACGAAGCGGAAGAGGAUUAUGUUCCGGGCAAGGGUAAGGACGAUGGUGAAGACGAAUUGGGGAGUGAGCUUGAAGACGUCAAUCCAGAUGUCCCAAGGGCAAAGAGGGCAAAGAGAUGAAUUCUCACUCGAUUAUAUAAUAUUGUGAUGUAUGGGCACUGGUAUGUUAUUUGAUC